UUACACAGGAAAUAAAAUUAUGUGGACGUAAACAUUGAUCGCCGAAAAGAUGAAAAUUGCGAAGAAGAAGGCGUAAACGACAAUGAACGGAGACACAGAUGAGGGAAAGAAAAAAGAAAGUUGUGACCUAUAUGUAGAUGUAAAAUCCUCACAAUGGCCUAUUAUCUACUCACCUGAGUAUAACAUUGGAUUCCUGGGACUGGAGAAACUUCAUCCUUUUGAUGCUGGGAAAUGGGGGAAAGUUUUCCAAUUUUUAAAAGACCAUGGGAUGAUCCGAGAUGACACCACAGUGAGACCACGAGAGGCAUCAGAGGAAGAUUUGUUGGUUGUCCAUACCAAACAGUACCUUAAUGAUCUCAAACUCACUAACAUUGUGGAGGGGAUAGAGGAGUGGAGUGUCAAUGUGGCCAGUAUCACAGAGGUUCCCCCUGUGGCCCUCAUCCCAAACUUCAUCGUACAACGUAAAGUUCUGAGGCCUUUCCGGUACCAAACUGGAGGUACUAUACUGGCAGGAAAACUUGCCAUGGACCGAGGGUGGGCAGUCAACAUUGGGGGCGGGUUCCACCACUGUAGCUCCACCCGAGGAGGCGGGUUCUGUGCCUACGCUGACCUCACACUCUCAAUCAAAUUCUUGUUUGAUAAAGUGGAGAACGUCUCCAAGGUCAUGAUCGUUGACCUUGAUGCUCAUCAGGGAAAUGGCCACGAGAGAGAUUUUAUGACGGACGACCGAGUCUACAUCAUGGACGUUUACAACAGAGGAAUAUACCCACACGACGGAUACGCAAAACGAGCAAUCAAAAGAAAAGUUGAGCUACAGCAUUUUACAGAAGAUGUCACUUACCUUGGUCUUGUAGAUAGAAACUUGGACCAGGCGCUGAACGAGUUUACCCCCGACAUCAUAGUGUACAAUGCAGGGACAGAUAUUCUGGAAGGGGACCCCCUUGGCAAUCUGUCAAUCACACCAGAGGGAAUCAUCGAGCGGGACCAGAUAGUAUUUACGAAGGCACACUCCCGCGGGAUUCCCAUAUUCAUGGUGACCAGUGGAGGCUACCAGAAAACCACGGCACGCAUUAUUGCCGAUUCCAUCAUCAACUUACGACAGAAAAACCUUAUUGGUUGUGAUGCUGCAGAACAAGAACCUGUUCCUAAAACAGAAGUCCGUUCAAGCCUUCCACGGAGCCAGAGUGAGGGGUUUUUGGCCCGUUUUAAACGAACAUGCUUAAAUUCAUCAACAUCUACAACGACUCAAGAUCUCACUAAGUUGGACACAAGUCCAGAUGUUCACAUACAGGGUAUGGGGUCCAUCAAGGACCUGGGAUACAUCUGACCCCAGGAUCUGACCCCAGGGCAGCCUUUGGGACACCUAACCCAUUGGCAGUUGGGGAUAUAUCCGACCCUUGGAAGUGUAGAAUAUAUGUGACCCUGGGGAAGUCUAGGAUGCAUUCAACUCUGGGGUAUCUGAAGACAUAUCUGACCCAGGGGAGCCUUGAAAUGUCUGACCCAGGGGUAGCUUUUGAUAUAAUCUGACCUAGAUGCAGCCUAUAGUCAAGGAGGGCCUAGUAUUUCAAAAGCAUAAUUAGCUGGUUGUACAAUUUUAGUUAAUAAGUCAUUACCUUGUAUUUAAAAUAUAAAGGAUUUUUUUCCCCAAGAUUUUCUUAAUGUCAACAAACAUUUUUGUUAUCCUCAUCUUCAGGAGAUAGUUUUGAUUCCCACAGCA